AGGCAAAAAGAAAGUGCCCUUUCAAAGGAUUUUGAUGAGAGGGGUCCGAUUAAUGGAGUUAAAGUAAAUGCUAAAUUAGGUCUUGAUGACCCAACAAAAAAGAAUUUCGAAUGUUUAGCUA